GACAUCGUCAGAAAAUAGAUGAGCAGACAAAGCCCGGGAGCUUGUCCUUUUCAGAGCGCCUGAGUGAACUGGAGCAGUUGCGUCGUACGGCCAUGAGGGUCAGCCCACACCACCCAGCCCCCACACCCAACCCACGAGCCUCCUUGAACCACACCACUGCUUUUAACCCUCAGCCUCAGAGUCAGAUUCAGGACACAAGGCAAGUACAGCCAUCUCCGCCAUGGUCCUAUGACCAGUCCUACCAGUACCUGGGCUCCAUUGCCACCCCCUCCGUGCACCCCGCCACGCCAAUAUCACCCGGCAGGGCUAGCGGCAUGACAUCCCUCACCGCAGAGCUUUCAAGCCGGCUGUCAAGUGCUUCUGACUUGACUGCAUUCAGUGACCCCCGGGUAGGAAUCGACCGCUCCUUCUCUGCACUCCCCUCCAUCUCUGACCCUCGGAUGCACUACCCGGGAGCAUUCACCUACACGCCGACACCUGUCAGUUCAGGGAUAGGAAUCGGUAUGUCUGCCAUGUCCACAGCCACGAGAUACCACACUUACCUCCCACCUCCCUAUCCCGGCUCGUCACAGGCCCAAGGAAGCCCGUUCCAGACCAGCUCGCCCUCCUACCACCUCUACUACGGAACCUCCGCCGGCUCCUAUCAGUUCUCCAUGAUCUCGGGGGGAGACCGGUCCCCACCGCGCAUCCACCCGCCCUGCACCAAUGCCUCCACAGGUUCAACACUCCUCAACCCCAACCUCCCCAAUCAAAGCGAUGUGGUCGAGGCCGAAGGGAGCCACAGCAACUCCCCCACUAACAUGGCGACCACAGCAAGGCUAGAGGAAGCGGUGUGGCGACCAUACUGA